AGAAAGAAGAAAACUCGCCCAAGGUAUCUUUCCACCCCUUCCUUUUGAAUUGUUAUAUUUAUCGCAAGGGAAGCGAUAGGAUAGCGAAGUAUCGCUAUCUAUCGCCCUCAUCGAUCUAGUUUUGCAAUUUGCCAAAGGGACCUGCUCCGCCUCACCCACACGCCAGUAUAUGGUUGCGGAGAUUCGUGACUUUUUAUUAGCGGAAAAUCAAAAUCAGUGGAUUUACACGUGAGUAAACCGUGUCAGACGUGCGACCUAAAUUUGAGAAUCGACUUUAACGCGAAUCUUUAUUUCAAAAACACGCCUUGACAAAAAUGUCGCUAGCCAUUGGAGACGUUGCCCCGGAUCUGAAGCUAACCGACACAGAGGGCAAGCCCUUUGACUUGGCUUCCGUCAAAGGGAAGAAGGUACUAUCGAGGAUCAUGAUGUUUCUCUUUCUCUAAUCUCAUACUCCAACUCCAGCUGCACCUGGUAGCCCAAGUAGCCUGAAAUGGUGAGAAGCCGAAGCUUUUGCAGCAGGUUGAGGUUGACGUUGACAGAACAAGAUGAGGGCAAGCAAAAGAAAUGAAUGAAAUAUCCAAUUGUAAUCCCCCUCCAAGGUGUACCUGUGCUUCCUCCGAUAUGGUGCCUGUAUGAUGUGCGCGUUGCGCGUCGCCGAGGCGAAGAAACGCGCCAAGGCGUUGAAGGACCAGGGACUGGUGAUGAUGCUGGUGAUGAACAGCACGGCCAAGGAAAUCCAGCCCUACGGCGCGGGGAAGCUUGCGGACGCUGAUCUGCAGAUCCUGUGCGAUCGGGAGGGGACCGUAUCCAAGAAAAAACACUCAUCCACAUCCAAUUUCUCAUGCAAAACAUACUGUGUAAGUACAUAAAAUUCCAUAUCUGUCAUGCAAAAAAUGGAUGUGGAUGGGUGUUUUUUCCUGGAUAGACCGCGUAUCAAGCCUACAAGACGAAGAAGAGCUGCAUGGCCUCCCCGCUGGGGUGCGCCAUGUGCAUUCACACCUGCGGCGACUGCCGCAUGCCCCAGGCCGCCUGCGGCUGCUGCAACUCCCUGGCGUUCGGGAAGGGGACCUGCGGGCCCUGCUGCGGUUUCAUGAACUGCAGCACGCAGCACAUGGAUUCCUCUCGCGCGCAGCAGAUGCCGGCAGACUUUCUCAUCGACGAGAAUGGAAAGCUGGUGGACGUCUUGUACGGCAGCAGUAUCGGGAAACACAUGCCGUGGUCCAAGAUCGAGGCCUUCGCGUCGGGCAAGGAUCUCAACGCACCGCAGCAGCAACAAAUGUGA